GCGGGGGACCCAGACAUUCCGCUCACUAUAAAAUGUGAACCACCCGCUUGGCGGCCCGUAAUAGUCAAUUUGAAAGUGAACGAAAAUAAUGCAGAGCCUGUUGUGCGUACUGGUGCUUGGCGCCUUCAUCUUUUCUGCACAAGCCCAAGAAAAUUUCAAAUGUCCCGAUGACUUCGGCUUCUAUCCUCACAGUAGGUCGUGCGACAAAUACUGGAAAUGUGAUAACAAUGUGGCGGAACUGAAAACUUGCGGAAACGGCUUGGCUUUUGACGCCAGCGAUCCCAAAUUUUUGACUGAAAACUGUGAUUACAUCCAUAACGUCGACUGCGGUGACAGACUUGAUCUUGAACCACCGAUCUCGACAACACAUUGCGAACGUCUUUAUGGUAUUUUCGCCGACGAAAGUAAAUGCGAUGUCUUCUGGAACUGCUGGAACGGAGAGGCAUCCAGAUACCAAUGCUCGCCUGGAUUAGCGUAUGACCGUGAAGCUCGUGUUUGCAUGUGGGCUGACCAAGUGCCAGAAUGUAAAAACGAAGAAGUAGCUGGAGGAUUCACUUGUCCAACGGGCGACCAAGUAAGUAAUACCGGAUCAUUUUCACGUCACGCCCACCCCGACGACUGCAGGAAAUACUACAUUUGCUUAGAAGGCCAAGCACGCGAAUACGGAUGCCCUAUUGGUACAGUUUUCAAAAUCGGUGAUGCUGAUGGCACUGGUAACUGCGAAGAUCCUGAAGAUGUUCCUGGAUGUGAGGACUACUAUGGCGAUCUGGAUCUGAAGAGCAUUCGCAAAAGCGAACUUUUGGCUGGUCUUCAAUCGAGCGGCUCUUCGAGGGCGGCCCCUGCAGCUAAAAAACCCAGGCCGGCUCCCGCUUCCCGCAACGCCCCAGAACCUUCAAACUAACUUCCUUUAAAACCGACAAAUUUACCCCGUAAUACUCAUUUUCAAGAACUUCCCAAUCUGUCGUUGAAGACAGGUUCCAUCGAGUGUAGUGUUAUUUAUGCUAUGAUUGUGUUUAAACCGUUGCAAAUGCGCUUGGGCGCAGUCGGUAGAUUGACGGACGGUCAAUAGGAUGAUAAUCGGAAUUUUCUAUUUAAGUAUUAUAUUCUUAGAUUAUUGACUCAAUUUGUUUUACCUUUCCCAAGUUGAAGGCAAGGCAAAAUAUCUUGAAACAAAAGUGAUAUUUUACAAGACCAAUUAAGCUCUUAUCCUAUUGACUGUCCAAGUUGUAAUUAUUUUUCUAUCGAACGACGCGCUGAGAGACUUUCUACAGUUUAACGACGGUACAAAAUUUUUAUUACGUUUUUUACGACAAUAAAUGGAUGUUUUGUA